UAGGGCGGGCUAGGGCUUUGCUAGGGCUUUGCGGCACUGGCCGCCUCCGACUCCCGGCAUGCCAUUGGGCGUGGGCCGGGUGUAGACUCCAUUUCCCAGGCUGCCCCAGGUCCCGGCCACGACGCACCGGCGCCUAUAAGAAGCAGAGCGCUGCAGCCGGAGCCUAUUGUUAGCCGGAGCCGGGGCGGUUCUCGGCUGUGCUGCCCGGGGUACCCGAGUGCAGAGCCGCCCGCCCCCCGCCGCCUGCCGGCCGGCCCACACACCCUACAGCCCGGGAAGCUACGCGACGGGCCCGGGGACCGGCGCGCCUCGGUCUUCUCUCAGUGCACACGGGCUGAGGCGGCAGCAGGGGUGGCGGAGACCCUGACGGGAGAGGCGUCCGCGGCGGGGCCGGCCCAAACACGCACCCGCCUGCCUUCCAACCCCAUUUGAGUGCUAUGGUCUUGAUUCAUCCUUUUGGAAGGGUUUGGAGUGGCAAUGUGACAUACAAACUGUUCUUCAGUAUGAAAGGUUAGAAGUUCUCCCCAGGAGACAACAUUGUUCCCCUUGUCCCCCAGUUUUCAGUUCAUGGUAAAAACCGCAGCCAAUUCACAUUCUCCUUUUCUUUGGUGGCUUUAAAUCUUAGGCAUCUCUAAAACCAGGGUGUUGGUAUGUGGCAGUUACGUGCCGCUGUCCUUUAGAGGAGAGCUAAUGCAGCAUCAUGUUCCAGGUCUCCCACAAAUAUCUUGUGUCUUCCCUAGGAUGUGGCUUACACGUGGAAAGCCGGCUUCUAACCUAGUGUUAGUAAACCGGUAGAACCCCGGGGCGUGGGGGCAGGAAAGGGCCCUCUUUAAACCUAUCAGGAGGUUUUCAGUGAGCACCUGAAGUGCUUUUCCAAUUUCAUGAUCUUGGUGAACACAAGGACACAGGGAUCCAUAAAAUCGUAGUAUUUGAGAAUCACCACUGCAUCUUGUAAAAGGGCAGCAGGGUAAGGCAUCUUACUCCAUCACUGUGUGGAGUGACAGCAGGCUUUCUACCCCAGUCCUGGCUGGUAGUCCAAGAGAUUCCUUGACCUUUAGCAGAACACUGGGUUCUAGUUGAGUGGAAAGGCCUUUCCAGUGAGGUGAGCCUUGUCUUAGGAUUUUGGACUAAUUUAAGAAAAGGCUCACACACCCAAACUGUACAAAUAACUCUUGGGCCACAGCUCCACAGUUGCUCUGAGAUGCGCCCCACAUGUUUCGUUUUUGUUUUUGCUUUUGACCUUGUCCCUCCGUCUGCAUAGGCUGUCCUGGAACUCACUCUGUAGACCAGACUAUCAAGCUCACAGAGAUCCACCUGCCUCUGCCUCCUGAGUGCUGGGAUUAAAGCCACUUUAUUGCAUUGCCACACCCAGUUUUUGCUAUUCUUAUGGUAGUUAGGAUUUGGGGUUUGCAGUCCUUACCUGAAGAAAGCAUAGCCCUAAUACUGAAAUACACACACUGGUUUGACGUCCUCUAUUUACGGCAGCUGUGAACUGUAUUGUGUACCUUUGGGAAGUGUUCAGCUACAAACACAAUGCCAUGCGGCAUGUAGUCAGAAUGUGUCAGCUGACUUCAUCUCACCAGCAUGUGAAAACUUUGAGGGAGACACCAUUAUUUGUUGUGUGAGAUGUUUAUUUAGACAUUAAGUAUUCUGACCGGCAUUUCUAGUCUCACCUUGGUUAUUUCUGUAUAGGUUUGAGUGCUUGGAUAUAACUCAUAAAAGUGGAGGGUAGGGGUUGAGACAGGUUUCAUGUAGCCUUGGGUAGCUACAAAUUUGCUUUGUAGCCAAGGGUGACCUUGAACUUUUGCUCCUUCUGCACUUAAGUGCUGGGAUUACAUGCAUGUGCCAUCAGGUGAGGGCUAAAGAGUAUCCUCUGAACUCAUGCAUGAUCUUUUACCAUUAAGGGAAUAGCUGAGCCAGUGGGAGUGACUCAUUCUUAAUGGAACCUGUUCUAGUGGUUACUGUAGUAUACGUGAGUUCUUCAAGGCACUUUGGGACUAACUAGGUGGGAAGUUCAUGGUCAAGUUCACACCAAAGAGCUGGAUAAGGAGAGCUGAGUUGAAAUAUAAACUUCCAUUGUUUGCAGGAAAUAAUAGGAAUUUAAGUUCUCAGUGCUGGAGGGCUGCACUUGGUGCACACACCUUGAUCCUAACACUUGGGAAGCUGAAGCAAGAGGACCGCUGUGAGUUCCAUACCUUUCUCCAAAACAAGCUGGGGCCUUGUAGGGCCAAUCUGGGCUAUAUAACUAAACGUAAACAAUUUUCAGUAACAGGUAACUUUACAGGAGUGUCGUAACAUCCUGAGUUAGGGGAUGGGACCUAGAGCAGUGGAGUUUGAAGACUGUUGCAGAGGAGCACCCAUGAACUGGUUUUUAUUUUGUGGUGCUGGGAAUUGAAGCCAGGGAAGGCUUCAAGCAUGGUAGGUAGGCAACCGCUGUCCUACCCAGGUCCCUCCCCAGCCCUUUCAUGGAAUAGGCCACAUAGGUCAGUAUACGCAGUAUUUACUCAUGUAGCCCUGGUUAUUGGCAACUUAAGGAAAUUACUUUUCCUUACGUUUUACAGCUUUCUCCUCCCCCUUUCUUUCCUACCUUCCUCUGUCAUUGCCCAAACCACAACUCCAGAAGUGAGAAGACAUGAACAAAGAGGCUUAGAGCAAGGAGCCAGCGUUUCCACACUCAAGGGCACAAAGUAACCCUGAUGAAAGGGUGCUCUUAAGGGCAGCUGGGUUAAGAUAAGGAAGAAUUUUACUAAUAAAGAUGGUUUGGGCCCAGAUCCAAGUUCACGUGAGACUUAAAGAGUAACAGUCAAAGGAAAUCCACAUUACUGGAAGCAGAGGAUCCCAAGGAAGGAGCAGAGUGAACCUUUGCUUCCGGUCAUAAAUCCCUGAGUGCUUCCAGGCUGAGGAACAGCAAUUUUCUACAAGUAUUAGCCGGAGCCAGUUAAACGGAAGGAGCGCUAACGCCAUUUCCAAGAGGCAGGUUUUCUGCUCAGUGUUGGCUUCUGUGUAGUUGAGAAGGCACUGGUGGUGUGUGUGGUUGUUGGACUCAGCAGACAGCCCUCUCCUUUUCCUCUAUAGUAUCCACAUGAAUAUUUAAUGACAAACAUGCCCCCCUCCCAGCGCGCACGCCAUGCUCCUUCACCCAGAAUAGAAUGGAAUGAGACAUUUGUUAGCUGAAAGGUAUCAUCUUUAAGCCCAGCUAAAAUCUUACCCGUAGAAAGUCCCUUCACCCUCACUCACAUUUCUAAGAAGGUGUGGUCAGACCCAAGGAUCACAGCUGACACGCUGGACUCAUUCGAUUCUUUUAAAAAAAUGUUUUGGUUGUAUUUUAUGUGAAUAGACUUUUUUUAUCUGCAUAUGUGUCUGCAUACCACUGUGUGCCUGGUACCUGAAGAGGUCAGAAGAGGGUUUCAGACUCCCUGAAACUGGAGUUAAAGGGUUGGAUGCUGGAACUGAACCUGGGUCCUUUGGAAGAGCAGCCCGCACUCUUAGCUGCUGCCUACCAGCCCUUUGUUAUCUUUUACAUACACUUUUUUUUUUUUUUAAAGACAGUUUCUGUGUAGUCCUGGCUGUCCUGGAACGCACUCUGUAGACCAGGCUAUGCUCAAACUCACAGAGAUCCUCCAGCCUCUGCCUCCUGAGUGCUGGGAUUAAAGCUGUGCACCACCACACCAGGCUCCUUGAUUUAAGUUUUCUUCUUAGCCGAACUGAUUUGAGGGAUUGCGUGCCUGAAACUGAAAGCUAAUACGCUUCAGCUCGUCUUGUGACUCGAACGCAGGAUUUUUAUGCGACCUGAGUAUGUAUUUUAGGAAAUCCCUGAAGCACGCACCAGGUCUGGCUCACUUUGUAGAGCAGAUCUAAAUUGCUACUAAAGUAGUCCAGAAAACCAGCCAUCUCUGUCUCCACAGUGAAUCUGGGUAGCUACUCGGCAGUAAGGCAGUGCUGGUAAUCCCGCUGCAGUUAACCGCCUGUGAGAUUGCAGCGUGGGAAGUGUCUUACCUCGCCACAUGGGGGUUUGGCUGGCAGCAUUUCUCCUGUACAGAUUCUUGUCCUUUUGGAACUUAAGUCCAAAGACAGAGACAGAGAAAAACCUGCGCUUGCUGUGUUGAUGUAACCAGUUUUAACUGUCACCUCUUUUUCUGUAUUCCCUUGAUGGUUUCUUUUUAGAGACCAGAGAUUGUAAAGUUUUAUUUUCUUUGUGUUGUUUCUGGAGCUGGGAUCAAACCCAGGGCCUCGUGUACACUAGGCAAGGGCUCUGCGCAGAGCUGCACCCAUAGUCCCAGUUUCUGGGUUUGGAAGCCAGUGCAGAUUCUAAUCUUGGCUCCUUUCUUUAGUACUAAAUUUGCCCUUUCUAGGAGCCUGGUGAGACACUUCACACUUGCGAAGAUCUGGGUCAAGGGUUUUCCUGACUGACAAUGUCCUUCAAAAUUGAGAGCCUGGAGCAGAAUUUCCCAAAGUGUGUUCCAGGGACUAUCUGCCCCCUAACAUACUUCGGCAACAGUGGGUUCCACAAUCAGGCUUUGAAACACUGCACUGUUUUCUUCCAGCCUUUACCAUGCAAGCUCAUAAGUAUAUUAAAAAACCCUAGGCGAUUCUGCCAUAGCUGGUUUCAGCUAUUUUAACAGCAGUCCUAUUUUCAUUCAAGAAGCUAUUAAUACCAUGGAACUAGUGUAUUUAAGAUACACACUUGGGGACAUGCCAGGCUGUGUUAUCACUGGGAUAAAUAUUUGGGCCUGGCUUAGGUUUAAGCAGAGGGUUUGCUGUCUUUGAACAGUGAAUGCUAGCCCAGUGACUGCUGUGGCCAGCAGGGUUGGAAGUGAAGCCACUCCUCCAUUGGGAGGGGCUAUGCAGACUCACUCAGAGUAACUGAGGCUGGAGGAGCCAAAGGAAGCAAGUAAGAAUGCUGGCCAGAGUCAACAAAGAAAUGACCUGGUCCUGAGAAGCCAGACUGUGCUAGGCCAGGUGCUUAGCUUUUCUUCAGUUAGAGCGAUGUGUUUACAGACUUGGCGGGUGUGUCUCUGGACAGCAGUGCUGACUCCUCUUCUCCCUUGGGCAGAAUCUUAAUGCUCCUGGCUAACUGGUGGUGAGCAGCCUCGGGGCCAUCGUGGUUGGCUCCCCAAGCAAACCAUUUGAAUCCAAUGGAUGCAUUCUCGGGCUCAGGGCUCAAGAGGAAAUUUGAUGAUGUGGAUGUGGGCUCAUCAGUCUCCAACUCGGAUGAUGAGGUCUCCAGCAGUGACAGCGCUGACAGCUGUGACAGCCUCAACCCUCCUACAACCGCCAGCUUCACACCCACAUCCAUCCUGAAGCGGCAGAAGCAGCUGCGGAGGAAGAAUGUCCGCUUUGACCAGGUGACUGUAUACUACUUUGCCCGGCGUCAGGGCUUCACAAGUGUGCCCAGCCAGGGUGGAAGUUCCUUGGGAAUGGCCCAGCGCCAUAAUUCUGUUCGCAGCUACACCCUUUGUGAAUUCGCACAAGAACAAGAAGUGAACCAUAGAGAGAUUCUUCGUGAGCACCUGAAGGAGGAGAAACUUCAUGCCAAGAAAAUGAAGCUGACCAAGAAUGGGACAGUGGAGUCAGUGGAGGCGGAUGGCUUGACACUGGAUGACGUCUCAGACGAAGACAUCGAUGUGGAGAACGUGGAAGUGGAUGACUACUUCUUCCUCCAGCCCCUGCCCACCAAGAGGCGGCGGGCCCUGCUAAGAGCAUCCGGAGUCCACCGGAUUGAUGCCGAAGAGAAGCAAGAACUUAGAGCCAUCCGCCUAUCUCGGGAAGAAUGUGGUUGUGACUGUCGGCUCUACUGUGACCCAGAAGCAUGUGCCUGUAGCCAGGCUGGAAUUAAGUGCCAGGUGGAUCGGAUGUCCUUUCCUUGUGGCUGCUCCAGGGAUGGCUGUGGAAACAUGGCGGGGCGAAUUGAGUUUAAUCCGAUCCGAGUACGGACUCACUACCUCCACACCAUCAUGAAGCUGGAGCUCGAGAGCAAGCGACAGGGGAGUCGCCCAGCAGCCCCUGAGGAUGAGCUCCUGCCCACUACUGGCUGCAGCCUGCCAGGAGCCCAGAGUUCUGAGACGCAGGACUUCCAGGAGUUCAUCGCUGAGAACGAGACUGCAGUGAUGCACCUGCAGAGCGCGGAGGAGCUGGAGCGGCUCAAGGCAGAGGAGGACUCGAGCGGCUCCAGUGCUAGCCUGGACUCCAGCAUGGAGAGCCUGGGGGUGUGCAUCCUGGAAGAGCCCCUGGCUGUUCCCCAAGAGCUGUGUCCAGGCCUGGCCACCCCCAUUCUCAUCCAGGCUCAGCUGCCCCCAGGUUCCUCCGUCCUGUGUUUUACCGAGAACUCAGAGCACCCCGCUGCCCCCCCGGUGAGCAACCCAUCCUACUUGAACAGUGGGCCUCUGGUCUACUACCAGGUGGAGCAGAGGCCAGUCUUGGGAGUGAAGGGAGAGUCUGGGUCGGAAGAUGGCACAGCCUCCUUCCCUAAGGAGAAAGAUCUGAGCGUGUUCUCCCUCCCCGUUACCUCGCUGGUGGCUCGCAACUCCUCAGACUCAGCUGCCCCCUGUAAACCAGAGGUGGGGAAAACACCCGCUCUCGACCAACUGCUGCCCGAUGACUGUAACCCUAAGCAGCCUGAGAACGAAGGCUUCCACCCGCCUUGGUCUCCCUCAAGCCUACCCUUCCGAACGGACAAUGGAGAAGGCUGUGGAGUGCAGAACUCCCAGCAGAGCGAGGAUCCCAGCUGAAGACUCUGCCCUAGAGCUCCCUCUGGCAGUGUGACCUGAGGUAGACACUGCCCGUUCUCUAUUUAUUAUCUAACACCAUUUCAAAACAGGACUGCUGCUCCAAGGUUAUUUUAUUGAAACUCUUAGGAAAAUGGGUAGGAAAGGGUAAUUGUUAGUACAUGUGUUUUUAAGAAGGGAAAGAGACCAGCCCCAGCUCAGUUUCCAGUACUGAGCUCACUGGGCCACCAGAACAAAGAUGUCGCUCACACAGUGAGCUGGGUAGCUCAAGUAGCUCUUCUUCAUGCACAGGGCCAGAACUAAGGAUGUGAGCAGCUCCCUGCAGGGCACGGGCUCUCUCCUCAGACAGCCAUCUCGGUGUAUCAGUCACACUGCUGGAAAGGCCACUCAGCUGAGUCUAGAACAGAGGCUGCAGAAGUCUCCACUUCUCUACAAAGCCUCCAGUUCUAAACAUUGAUCCUGCCCUUUCUCCCACCUCCUAUCUGGGAAAUAAGUUCAUUUUCAGCGUGUUUGGUAUUCCCUGACCUGCUCUGUGGACAGGAUUCCUGGUCUGUAACUUGAAAUAUUCCUUUCUAUGUUCUUAGACACUAGAGUUAAACUUUUCUGCCUUUUCCUCUAUCCUUUUUCCUUAAAAGAAAAAAAUGCAGGUUGGACGUGGUACGGAGCACAAGGCUUGCACACCAUUAGGCAGGGUCCAGUGUGGAACAGUCUGGACGAUGACUGCUGUCUUCUCACCUAGUGCACCCACACACUCCUUUUGGGAGAGCUUGGCUCUACAUGGAAUAUAAAGUACAGUACAGUCAUCAGCUAGUUAGGAUCGUCUCUCUGUACCGACCCUCACGGUCCUUGGUUACCUAGGGUUAGAAAGCCCUUUGGAUAUCACAGUUCAAACCUGAGAAUUGUGGGUGUUUAUUGGACCCUUCUGUCUUGGAGAUUUAUGAAAACAAACUGAUUCUUAGUAAUAUGACAUAGGACUCCCAGACCCCAAAGGAUUCAAGGUCUGAUUAUAAUCUUUGAGAUGUACAGACUGGGACUCAGAUUCAACACUUACCUCAGUCAGCAGGCCUUGCUCCUCUCGCCCUAAUUAAAGUUCCCAGAUCCCCAUUCAGCUCUGACUUUUGCUGGCGAUGUUACCUCUGCCCCCUGGUUCAGUGGAGGUGGAGUGAGACAGUUUCCUCUCAUUCUCCACCAACCAGGAAAGGAAAUGAAAUUUGCUUUGAUUUUCUGAGAUAGGUUCUUGCUAAAUAGCCCUGGCUGGCCUGGAACUUACUGUGUGGGCCAGGCUGGCCUCCAGCCUGUGGCCGUCCUCCUGACACACAUCCUGAGCACUGGGAUUGCCGGUGUGCACCGCUUUGCUCGACUCUAUUUAUUUUUGGUGGGAUACUAAGGCCCUGGGGUUGCAGAGCGAGCCUGACUGUGUGUGGCAGCAGAAGCACCUAGUUCUCUCUACAGCCUCACAGGAGUUACCUGGGUACCAGAGGCCAAGAUGCUCUCACCCUCAGCUAGACUUCUUAAACCCAAGACCGAAGCUAACUGAGACUGGCUGGUGGAGAGAAGAACCUUUUUGAAGGUUUGUUGGGAAGGAAGGAACUCAGCACCUUUCCUCCUUAAGACUCCAAUGUUCUCAUCCCUUGGCCUUGGAUUUUCAUUAGGAGACAUACCUACCACUCACUGUCAUCAAGACGAGCCAACCCCCAAGAUAUCUGAUAUAAUUCUAGUUUCUUAUUCUAAAUGCAUCUCGUCAUUAAUUCCAUGUUCUGAUUCAAACUGAUCCCCAAUCUGAGUGCUAAAUGUUUAGCACUGGCGAAUGUCAAGCAAAGGACCUUUCUACAGCUUGGUCCGUCUCAUUUCUGGUGCUACCUGCGCUGGGCAGAAAUGAUAGUUCCUGCUAGGAAGGCUAGGCCUCUGACGGAAGCAGAACCAGUCCCCCUCAGUCUAGGCCUGCGGCUCCUUACCACAGCUCUUGUUCUACUGUCUCCUUGCAUACUGUGCACAGGUCGUAUUUUCAAUGUGAAUCCAAAGCUUGUCUGGCUCUCUGAAAACAGUUUCUCCCCCUCUAGGUUCUUUACAUGGUAAUGAUGCUGUAUUUAAAGAGAAUAUUUAAAUGUAAUAUUAAAGAAAUAUUCAAAAGAA